CAUGGUGCGGGUCCGCCGCCACUUGCUCCCUUUGGCCGCCCCGAGCUGACCUAUCCUCUCACUGAGACUCUGCUCUGCUCGCUCUCUUCCGCCGCCAGCAUGGGCGAGAGGUUGGAGCUCAGGCUGAAGUCGCCAGUGGGAGCGGAGCCGGCCGUCUACCCCUGGCCCCUGCCCGUUUAUGACAAACACCAUGAUGCUGCUCACGAAAUCAUUGAGACAAUUCGGUGGGUCUGUGAAGAAAUUCCAGACCUCAAGCUUGCUAUGGAAAACUAUGUUUUAAUUGACUAUGAUACUAAAAGCUUUGAAAGCAUGCAAAGACUUUGUGACAAAUACAACCGAGCUAUUGACAGCAUUCACCAAUUGUGGAAAGGAACCACCCAGCCCAUGAAACUGAAUACCCGCCCUUCCAAUGGGCUUCUGCGCCAUAUCCUACAGCAAGUAUAUAACCACUCAGUGACGGACCCAGAAAAACUCAACAACUAUGAACCCUUUUCCCCAGAAGUGUAUGGAGAGACUUCUUUUGACUUGGUGGCCCAGAUGAUAGAUGAAAUAAAAAUGACUGAAGAUGACCUUUUUGUAGACUUAGGCAGUGGUGUUGGUCAAGUUGUGCUCCAGGUGGCUGCAGCAACAAACUGCAAGCAUCACUAUGGUGUGGAGAAAGCUGAUAUUCCGGCCAAAUAUGCUGAGACAAUGGACAAAGAGUUCAGAAAGUGGAUGAAAUGGUAUGGGAAAAAACAUGCAGAUUACACACUGGAAAGAGGUGAUUUCCUCUCAGAAGAAUGGCGAGAAAGAAUCGCAAACACAAGUGUUAUCUUUGUGAAUAACUUUGCUUUUGGUCCUGAAGUGGAUCACCAGUUGAAGGAGCGAUUCGCAAAUAUGAAGGAAGGUGGUCAGAUAGUAUCCUCAAAACCUUUUGCACCAUUAAACUUUAGAAUAAACAGCCGAAACUUGAGUGAUAUUGGCACUAUAAUGAGAGUUGUAGAGUUGUCACCACUAAAAGGAUCUGUCUCAUGGACCGGGAAACCAGUUUCUUACUACCUGCAUACUAUUGAUCGAACCAUACUUGAAAACUACUUCUCUAGUCUCAAAAAUCCAAAACUCAGGGAAGAACAAGAGGCAGCUAGACGUCGACAGCAAAGAGAAAACAAGAGUAACACAACAACUCCAACAAAAGUCCAAGAAAAUAAGGACGAUGGUGCUGAAGAAGACAAGAACCUCGGGGCCAACACUGUCAAAAAGCCAUCUCCCUCCAAAGCACGCAAGAAGAAGCUGAGCAAAAAAGGAAGGAAAAUGGCUGGUAGGAAGCGUGGGCGCCCCAAGAAAAUGAACGUGGUGAAUGCCGAGCGCAAGAUCAAGAAGAACCAAACUGCGCUGGACCUUCUCCAUGCUCAAACUGUAUCGCAAACAAAUUCAUCCUCUCCUCAGGAUGCAUACAGGUCACCUCAUAGUCCAUUUUACCAGCUACCUCCUAAAGUGCAACGGCAUUCGUCCAACCAGCUCUUGAUUACUCCUACUCCACCUGCACUACAGAAGCUGCUAGACUCUUUUAAGAUCCAGUACAUGCAGUUCAUGGCUUAUAUGAAAACAAAUCAAUAUAAGGCAACUCUUCAGCAGUUAUUGGAACAGGAAAAGGAAAAGAAUACUCAGUUAAUGGGAAAGGCCCAGCAGUUGUUUACUCACUGCCAGGCUCAGAAAGAAGAAAUCAAACGACUGUUCCAGCAGAAGCUAGAUGAGCUGGGGGUUAAGGCACUGACAUACAAGGAUCUUAUCCAGGCCCAGAAAGAAAUUUCUGCUCACAACCAGCAGCUGAAAGAGCAGACCAAACAGCUGGAGAAAGAUAAUGGUGAACUCAGGAAUCAGAGUUUACAGCUGCUGAAAGCUAGAUGUGAAGAACUGAAGUUGGACUGGUCAACACUUUCACUGGAAAAUCUCCUCAAAGAAAAGCAAGCAUUAAAAAAUCAGAUUUCUGAGAAGCAAAAACACUGCUUGGAAUUGCAGAUCAGCAUAGUGGAGCUUGAGAAAAGCCAGAGGCAGCAGGAGCUUUUGCAGCUGAAAUCCUACAUGCCCUCUGACGAAUCGUUGCCAGCCCAGCCGCGCCAUAAAAACCAUUUGAACCGGGAGGCCGAGCCUGACCACAAUACACUUCACUUGGAGCUAGAGUGCCCCAAGUUUCCCGUGCCCCAGGUCAACGGCCCCGAACUGUCCAUAAAUGGCCAUGCCACGUCUUACGAAAUUCACAAUGCACUCAGCCGACCAGCUUCUAAACAGACUACGCCUCAAUACCCACCUGUCCACGUGGACCAAGACAUAAUUCCUUGCACCCCAAUCCAUAGCUGCAGACAGAAGCUGGACAAAGGCUCAAACUUAUCCCUGCCAGAUUAUACCAGGUUUUCUCCGGCUAAGAUCGCCCUCCGGAGGCAUUUGAACCAAGACCACAUAGGCAGUGGGAAAACAGCACCCAGUGAGAGCCAUCAGAGAGCUGAACAUUUAAAAGAAAAUGGCCUUCCAUUUCAAAGCCCUUCAGCAUCAAACGGCAUGAAGAUGAGCCCUCUGGAAGACAGACCCUCUUCCCCAGCAGCCUUCCCAGCUGGGAAUGAAAAGGCUUUGCGCGAGAGGACGUCUGCGAAUAAUGGGGAGACGAUCACCAGCCUUCCCAUCAGUAUCCCCCUCAGCACAGUGCAGCCCAAUAAACUCCCUGUUAGCAUUCCUUUGGCCAGCGUAGUCCUUCCUAGCCGUGUUGAGAAGGUGAGAAGCACACCUAGCCCUGUCCAUCAGAACCGAGAUUCCUUUUCAACACUUGAAAAACAAUUUGGUGCUAGUUCUCAUAACAGCAUUAGCACUGCUGCUGGUAACAAGCCACUGACCUUGGCUACCUCAGGUUUUUCUUACAUGUCUGGCUCUGCACCAGUCGGUGGGACUGUUCCAAAUAGCCCAUUGAACCCGGCUGCUGACAGUGCAGCUAUGGAGGAGGUAUCCAGUUCGGGAAGCUUGUUCAACUCCACGGGGUCUCGAAGCUCUACUCCACAGCAUCCCUCCUUGCUUACGUCGUCUUCGCGGAAUUCUGGGCAAAACUCACCUGCACACCAGCAUUCCGCGAGCCCUAGGUUGAACGGCAUCACCCAGAGCCUGGGAGGGGUACUGCAGUACAUAGAGACUCAAAAGAUGUUUGCCGAAAACGCCAGAGGAGACCCCCCAUUCGACCCUGCCUUUUCUGACCCUGAGAGCGAGAGCAAACGAAGGAUCAUCUUCACCAUCUCCCCUGCUACAGGAACCCUCAAACAUUCUCCGUCGAACAAGCACAGCCCCCUCACCGCAAGUAUCCGGGCAGAUUGUGGCCAGGCCUACAUGCAAGAUGGAAAGAAGCGUGGUCGGAGGAAGCGGUCCUCCACAGGAACGCCGUGCGUGAACUCCGGGGUGUCACCCAAACGCAAAUCAUUGCCCCCCAUGGCUGGGCUCUUUGCUCAGCCUUCUGGAUCCCCCCUUAACAUCAACUCCAUGGUCAGUAACAUUAACCAGCCUUUAGAAAUAACAGCCAUUUCUUCCCCUGAAAAUUCCCUGAAGAAUUCUCCUAUUCCAUACCAGGACAAUGAUCAGCCACCUGUGCUGAAAAAGGAGAAGCCUCUAAUUCAGACCAAUGGCAUCCAUUACUCCCCGCUAACCUCUGAUGAAGAACAGAGUCUGGAGGACGACCAUAACAGCACCAGAAUUGAGAGAAAAAUUGCAACAAUAUCACUGGAAAGCAAAUCUCCACAAAAGCCGCUGGAAAAUAGCAUCAACUCAGCUGGGAGAAAGCAGGCUACUGAAAACAUGAACAGCAGCAAGUGGAAAUCAACCUUUUCUCCGAUUUCUGACAUCAAUCUUUCCAAAAUGGCAGACAGUCCUUUGCAAGCGUCAGCAUCAUCCCUGAACCAGAACACCCUCUUUGCCUUCAGACAAUCCUCUGAUGACAACCUGGCAGGCGACAGGGCUGGCACGCACGUGAGGAAACACGCAACUGCAUCUGAUGGGCUUGGCCAAAAUACCAUGAAUGGGUUUGCUUACAACGGUGGCAGGCUGUCUGCAGAUGUCGGUUUACAUAGCUUUACUGAUGGUGCUUCACUUUCUCACAAAACGGCUGACGUGGUGACGGCUCUGGGGGGCUCCUCGAUGGGUUUCCUGAUACAAAGGAACAAAGAGGCCGGAGUCCCCGAGACGAAUCCAUUCUUGGGCAAGAGGCAGCUAGAAAGCCUUGGCGGUGGGAAAGGGGACGAUUUGAACUGGUCAGGACUGAAAGGCAAAGAGGCCAACGAACUGAGUGUCCGGCUGGGAGGCUCUUCCGACAAGGCUUCGGUGCUAAACAACAAAUUCGGCAAAGGACGGGAACGCGACGUGGAGUUCAAGAACGGCCACAACCUGUUCAUUGCUGCUGCUGCUGCUGCUGUCCCCUCUGGUGGCCUUCUCAAUGGCAAAAGCCUCUCUGCAGCCAACUCUGGCAAGUCGUCCGGCAUGGCCUCCUCCACGCAGACCCACCACCCUUUCUUGAACUCCUUAACCCCUGGCACGCAGUUUCCCCUUGGCCCCAUGGUAACAAACUCCUCGGUACUGCAGUCCUUAUUUAAUUCGAUGCCAGCCGCCAGCCUAGUGCAUGUAUCAUCAGCUGCCACCCGCCUGACCAACUCACACACGAUGGGGAACUUCUCUCCUGGGAUGACAGGUGGAACAGUUGGAGGUAACUAGGACUUCUACCUCAACCUGAUGUGACCUAUGCAAGGACAACAUGGACCAACUUCUCUCAGCUCCCACUGAAGGUGCUUGCCUCAAUGGCU